AUGCGGUUCUUGUUUCUGUGCAGCAUGCUGCUGCUGGGGACUGUCAAAGCGCAGUUUCCCUAUCUUAAUAAUAAGACUCGCGACUUCUUGGUCAAUGGCAGCGCGAUUCCCAACGUCACCUGGGACAUCGGCGAGUCCUAUGCGGGCUACCUAGCCAAAGACGUCGUCGAGUCCACGAGUCUAUACUUCUGGUUCUUCCCGUCGUCCAACCCCAAAGCAUCCGAUGAGAUCACCAUCUGGCUGAACGGCGGCCCCGGCUGUAGCUCGCUGAUGGGCCUCAUGCUCGAAAACGGCCCCUUCCUUUGGCAACCCGGCACGUAUCAGCCCGUCCCCAACCCGUUCUCGUGGACCAACCUCACCAACGUGAUAUACGUGGAUCAGCCGGGUGGAACGGGGUUCUCGCUCGGUCCGUCCAGUGUUGUGUCUGAGUUCGACGUGGCGCGACAGUUCAUGAGCUUCUGGAGACGAUUCAUCAAGACGUUUGAUUUGCAGGGCCGGAAGAUCUAUCUCACGGGGGAGAGCUACGCGGGGCAGUACAUCCCGUAUAUUGCAUCGGCGAUGCUGGAUAAGAAGGAUGAGACGUAUUUCAAUGUUGCGGGGGUGCAGAUCAAUGAUCCAUAUAUCAACGAGAUGAAUAUUCUCCGAGACGUCCCCGCCCUCGCCGCAGUCAACCACCACACCUCCCUCUUCCCCUUCAACAACACCUUCAAAACCGCCCUCACCACCCUGGCCGACGACUGCGGCUACACCUCCCUCCUGCACGCCUCCCUCCAAUACCCGCAAAACGCGCGUCUCCCGCCCGUCCCGACGGACCCAGGCUGCUCCAUCCACACACUGGUCACCACCGCCAUCAGCGAAAUAAACCCCUGCUUCAACCCGUACCACAUCCUCUCCUCAUGCCCAACCCCCUGGAACCCCGUGGGCGGGCCCAUCGUCGGCGCCGGCCCCACAAACUACUUCAACCGCAGCGACGUGCAAAAAGCCAUCAACGCCUACCCGACCGACUUCUUCGUCUGCAAGACAGGCAUCUUCCCCACGCCGAACGGGCUGGACACAUCCCCGCCUAGCUCGCUGGGUCCGCUGGCCAGCGUUAUCGAGAGGACGAAUAAUACGAUCAUCGCGCACGGGUCGUUGGAUUUCGAGCUCCUGGUGAAUGGCACCCUGAUGAGUAUUCAGAAUAUGACCUGGAAUGGAAGACAAGGGUUUGAGAGACGGCCCACGGAGGGGUUGUUUGUUCCGUAUAGGGCGGGCGCGGGGGGUGGGACCUUGGGCACGGCGCAUACGGAGCGUGGGUUGACGUUUUCGGAGGUGUUCAUGUCCGGGCAUGAAAUCCCCCAAUACGUCCCCGGCGCGGCCUACCGACAGCUGGAGUUCCUGCUGGGCAGGAUCGACAGUCUCUCCAAGGAAGCGAAGGAUUUCACUGCUUGA